CAAAAAGGAGGUCAGUUGUCAGAUUUUCGCAUUUCUGCUGGUAAUUGUUUUCAUUCAGAGCCAAUACUCAAUUCAAAAACUGUAUUGUAACUUUUUCAACCUUAGUCAAAAUGCCAGAUCACUUAGGAGAUGAUAUGAGAAAAGUGAAAGCUUCCGAAAAAGAACCGGAAGAGAAAGAAAUCAAGUCUCUGGACGAAGGAGAUAUUUUACUUCUCAAAACUUAUGGCCAAGGACAAUACACUAAAACUAUCAAGACUGUGGAAGAAGACAUCCAAACCAUCAUCAAACGUGUGAAUGAACUGACAGGUAUAAAGGAAUCAGACACUGGACUUGCUCCACCAGCUCUUUGGGAUUUGGCUGCAGAUAAACAGACACUACAAAAUGAGCAACCGUUGCAGGUAGCAAGAUGUACCAAGAUCAUCAAUGCAGACACUGAUGAUCCAAAGUACAUCAUCAAUGUUAAACAGUUUGCUAAAUUUGUGGUUGAUCUUGCUGAUUCCGUAGCACCAACAGAUAUUGAAGAAGGGAUGAGAGUUGGAGUUGACCGUAAUAAAUAUCAAAUUCAUAUACCUCUACCUCCAAAGAUUGAUCCAACUGUCACAAUGAUGCAGGUAGAAGAAAAACCAGAUGUUACUUACAGUGAUGUUGGAGGCUGCAAAGAACAAAUUGAAAAGUUGAGAGAAGUGGUUGAGACCCCUCUCUUACAUCCAGAGAAAUUUGUGAAAUUGGGGAUUGAACCUCCAAAGGGAGUUUUGCUGUUUGGCCCCCCAGGAACUGGAAAAACCCUGUGUGCUCGAGCCGUGGCAAAUCGUACAGAUGCUUGUUUCAUCAGAGUAAUAGGGUCUGAAUUGGUACAGAAAUACGUUGGUGAAGGUGCUCGUAUGGUUAGGGAGCUAUUUGAGAUGGCUAGAUCUAAAAAAGCCUGCUUGAUUUUCUUUGAUGAAAUUGAUGCUAUUGGAGGCGCACGUUUCGAUGAUGGAGCAGGUGGUGAUAAUGAGGUUCAACGUACUAUGUUAGAACUGAUCAACCAGUUGGAUGGAUUUGACCCUCGUGGUAACAUAAAGGUCUUGAUGGCAACCAAUCGACCAGAUACCUUAGAUCCUGCUCUAAUGAGACCUGGAAGGUUGGAUAGGAAAGUAGAGUUUGGUCUUCCAGAUUUGGAAGGAAGAUCUCAUAUUUUCAAGAUUCAUGCUAGAUCAAUGUCUGUUGAGAGGGACAUUCGUUUCGAACUCUUAGCUAGGUUAUGUCCAAAUUCUACAGGCGCUGAAAUUAGGAGUGUUUGUACUGAGGCUGGAAUGUUCGCCAUCAGAGCCAGAAGGAAGGUGGCAACGGAAAAAGAUUUUCUAGAGGCGGUAAAUAAGGUUAUUAAAUCGUAUGCCAAGUUUUCGGCAACUCCAAGAUACAUGACCUACAACUAAUAUUUCUGAAUUUUUCUGUAUUCAAUUGAAGCGAUUAUUAAAUGAUUUGUAAUUUA